AUGUCUUCCGUCCUGCUUUCACCGCGGGCCGUAUCUCACAGUGCAGUCCGCCGCGGGCUCCAAUACCCUGUGCUCGAAUUCCUCGCCCCAAGUACCACAAGCCGUGCACCACGCCAAACGUCACGCCUCUCCAGUACCGUAUCAGCACCACAACCACCACCUCCUCCACAGUCUGAAUCUCCGCAAUCACGGCCCUCGUUGCAAACACAGAAAAAUGGCAAGCCAAUACGGCCGCUCACGCAAGAGCAGCAAGAGUUCCUUUCCUCUGCGUUGAGAGUGAACCAGACGGGUGAACUCGCCGCCAUCCUGAUAUACGCUGCCCAAUCGCCCGUCAUCACACGGUCACACCCGCACUUGCGACCACUUAUGAAGCACAUGUACGACCAGGAGGCAGGCCACUACAAGUUCUUCAAUGAGGUCAUCUCCAAGCACCGCAUACGGCCCACUGCAAUGACACCAAUAUGGACCGCUGCGGCCACCAUGCUUGGCUGGUCGACUGCUGUCAUGGGUCGUGAGGCAGCCAUGGCCUGUACCGAGGCUGUCGAGACAGAGAUUGGUACCCACUACAACGAGCAGGUGCGAGUGCUGCUGGACUGGGCAAACAAGUGCGAGGCGCGGGGCGAAAGUCUGGGCCCCGAGCUGGACAAGUUGGUAGUUGAGCUAAGGAGGAUACGAGAUGAGGAGCUGGAGCACUUGGAUCAUGCGGUAGAGAAUGAUGCCAAGGAAGCGAAGCCAUACGACUUGCUUACUGAAGUUAUAAGAGGAGGCUGUAGAGGGGCCAUCUGGGUGAGUGAACGUGUGUAG